AUGAAGACUUUUAUUUUAAUAUGCAUAGUUGCUAUACAUUUAAUAAACGCAAAAUCAUUAGGUGAACGACUCAAACAUGAUCCGUUCUGGGACGACUUAAACACCCAUUGCGGAUCAGAAUUGGCAGAUGAGUUGGAAGCGAUAUGUCAAGGAAAAUACAAUGAGUUACCGGUCGGUGUGUCUCAAUCAAUAGUACAUCGUCGAAAAAUGGGCAUACCACUUAUAACAGAGGAGUGCUGUUAUAAUCCAUGCACCCGGCGAAUAUUAAAGGAGUAUUGUGCACCAAAUCAACAAUAA